AAGAAACUUUUAUAAUCAGUGCAUGACACUAUGCUUUCUCUUUGAUUAUUUGAUCAUCCUCCUUCGUAUACACAUCUUUAAAUAGUUUUAAUUUUUGAUUCAAUUCAAUAUCAGAAAAAGUGUUUUGAGUAAUGGAACAACAACAUAAAGUGUUUCCUCUUCUGCUGCUACUUGUUUUCCAAGUUCUGUUUGUUGCAUCACAGACAGACAGCGGAGAUUUUACUGCUCUGUCGUCUCUCAUACAAUCCUGGAAAAACAAACCAUUAAAUUGGGUGGGCUCUGAUCCUUGUGGAAGUGAUUGGGAUGGAAUUCGUUGCUCCAAUUCAAGAAUAACUGAAUUGAAACUACCUAGCUUGAAAUUGGAGGGUCAGCUCUCUUCAGCAAUCCAGUCCUUAUCUGAGCUUGAAACACUGGAUAUUUCAUACAAUGCGGGCAUGACAGGAAUAAUUCCACGAGAAAUUGGGAAUUUGAAAAACCUCAAUUCCCUAGCAUUGAGUGGUUGUGGUUUCUCAGGCCCUAUUCCAGAUUCAAUAGGCUCAUUAAAGAAUCUGACCUUUCUAGCACUGAAUUCGAACAAGCUCACUGGAAAUAUUCCGCGCUCUCUUGGCAAUCUAGCAAACCUUGAUUGGUUAGAUCUUGAUAAAAACCAGCUAGCAGGGCCUAUUCCUGUCUCUAAUGAUAAAGGACAACCAGGUCUUGACAUGCUCCUGAAGGCCCAGCACAUUGACUUGGGGAACAAUAAACUCUUAGGUCCAAUACCAACAAAACUUUUUAACUCUAGCAUGCAUCUAAAACAUGUGCUUUUCGACCACAAUCAAUUAACAGGCGGUAUUCCUAGCACCCUUAGCCUUGUGAGCACCGUGGAAGUGGUCUAUUUAUCUCACAAUGAACUGGAAGGCUCUCUGCCGGAUCUUACUGGACUGAAUAGUCUCACGGUCGUGGAUCUGAGCGACAAUUACUUCAAUUCUUCUAUUAUUCCUUCAUGGGUUUCUUCUCCUAGUCUGCCAGAUCUGACAACAGUAAUACUGAAGGACAACAAGCUUAGUGGCACAUUAAAUCUCAGCAGUGGCUACCGAAGUAGUCUGCAACUCAUUGAUUUGCAGAAUAAUGGUAUUACCGACCUCGUGAUGGGAAACCAAAAGUUGAAUUUUGACUUGAGACUGGCUCAAAACAGAAUUUGUCUUGAAAAUGGAGUUUCUGAAGAGAGUUAUUGCAAAGUUCCACAAACCAUUCCCCCAUAUUCAACACCAUCAAAUGGUUGCUCACCUCCUUCAUGCAGUAACGAUCAGAUUGCAAGCCCAAACUGUAAAUGUGCAUUUCCCUAUAGUGGAAAUCUAUCAUCCAGAGCUUUUAGUUUCUCAAACUAUAGUAACACAAGUUACUACAAGGAAAUCGAGCAGACUCUGAUAGAUGCUUUUCAGAAGCAAAACAUUCCGGUGGAUUCAGUUUCUCUUAGUAACCCUAUCAACGUUUCAUCUACCGAUAAUUUUCAGUUGACUCUUAAUGUCUUCCCAUCUCAGACCGAUCGUUUCAAUACAACCGGGGUUUCAACUGCUGCUUUUGUGCUUAGUAACCAACUUUACAAGCCUCCAGAAUUUUUCUCCCCUUACGUUUUCAUUGGUUUUACCUAUGGUUAUUAUUGAGGUGAUUUUUAGUGUUUCAUUGUGAACUACAAAUGCUUAAUUAUUUGUUUGUGCUAUCUUCUUUCUCUUCUCUGACUCUGUCAUUUUUAUGUCAUUUAGGAGAACCUAAAGAUCAAAGUCAUAAUAUAACGGGGACAAUUUUGUAUAACUAAUUAGUGUUGUGUCCAUGUUAAAAACACUUGAGUUGUUAA